UCCCUCUUUCUACCCAGAAAAGAUGGUGCUAAAGUUUCUGAGACACUUUCCUCUCCUCUUCUUGCUGCUGGAACUAUGGGGGCCAAGGCACUUGCUUUGUGCUUGGCCUAAGAACAUAACCAGGGCACAAUGGUUUGAAAUCCAGCAUAUACAGCCAAAUCUUCUCCAGUGUAACAGGGCCAUGAAUCGUGUCAACAGUUAUACCCACCACUGCAAGCCUGAAAACUCCUUUCUGCAUGUCUCCUUCGAGAAUGUGGCUGCUGUCUGUGACUUGCCUAACAUCACCUGCAAGAAUGGGUGGAAUAACUGUCAUCAGAGCCCAAAGCAAAUUAACAUGACUCAGUGUAGCCUCACUGCAGGAAGCUAUCCUAACUGCCGCUACAAAGAUGCUGCUCUCUUCAAGUUCUUCAUUGUUGCCUGUGAGCCACCUCAGAAAGGAGACCCUCCUUAUCAGUUGGUUCCUGUACAUUUAGAUAAGAUCCUUUAA